ACUAAAACUGAGCCCAGGUCAACUUGAUUUGUAAAUGCCGAGGACACGUCACGAGAUCCGACGGUCAGCAUUCAACUAAAUAUCUUGAUUACUAUAAAUAAAUCUAGAAAAAGGACAAUUGCCUAGUUGCUUGUUGCAUCAAGAGUAAAACUAAAAAUGGAGAAGAUAAAGACGAAGCUAGGCCAAAGAUUUGAAGGGAAAGUCGCGAUCGUCACGGCUUCGACUCAGGGCAUCGGCUUCAGCAUCGCUGAACGGCUCGGCUUAGAAGGCGCCUCUGUUGUUGUCUCCUCUCGAAGACAGAAAAAUGUAGAUGAAGCAGUUGAAAAACUCAAAGCUAGAGGAAUUGAAGUGUAUGGAGUUGUUUGCCACGUGUCAAAUUCAGAACAGAGGAAGAAUCUUAUAGACAAGACUGUUCAGAAAUAUGGAAAAAUAGAUGUAGUUGUUUCGAAUGCCGCUGCUAAUCCAUCUGUUGACAACAUUUUGGAAACCAAAGAAUCUGUUCUUGACAAGCUAUGGGAAAUUAAUGUCAAAUCCGCCAUACUUGUUCUGCAGGAUGCUGCUCCUCAUAUGCAGAAGGGCUCUUCGGUUGUUUUGAUAUCCUCUAUAACUGGGUAUCUACCGCAAGCGUCCAUGGCGAUGUAUGGAGUGACUAAGACAGCUCUUCUUGGGCUGACCAAGGCCCUUGCAGCUGAGAUGGCUCCGGAUACUCGUGUGAACUGUAUUGCUCCCGGAUUUGUACCUACACACUUUGCAGAUUUUAUCACGAGUAAUCCUACAGUUAGGAAGGCCGUUGAGGAGAAGACUUUGCUUAAUAGGCUUGGUACCACGGAGGACAUGGCUGCUGCUACUGCUUUCUUAGCUUCCAAUGAUGCUGCUUACAUUACUGGAGAAACUUUGGUGGUGGCUGGAGGAAUCCCAUCCCGACUCUAGGAUUUGUCAGCGUUUGCAAAUCGUUGUAAUUUUUUAUACUAUAUUGUGUCCUGUAGUCUAUUCCUUGACACAAACGCAAGACUUUGAUAAUUAUCUUGAAUGAGAUUGCCUCUCAAAACAAGAUCAAUAAAUGAGUAAGUUGUUCCUCUUUACAGGCCUCUUUCA